CGUCAAAAACUAACCCACCUAUAAAGAACGUAGCAAAAAAUCGUCACAGCGCUGGAAUAAGACGAAAUCAAAACCAUUAAAAUUCCUAUCAACGGUUGUGAUGGAAAUAUGAGUUUAAAGACAGAAAUGGAUGGGUAUAUAAUGGGCAGUUAACAAGGGAGAGAACAUUUUUCUCAUCUUUUCUGUAUCAUUUGUCAUAGACAAGCUCAUGCUUCCAUUCUCUCUCCUAAUUUUUUUUUCUCGAUCAUUAACGCUUUCUUCUUCUCCAAUUUUCUACAAGAUUUGAUUCUAUUUGUUUAUUGGUGUUGUAAAUUGUAUUCAUUCUGUGCGAAAAGCAGGAAACAGCGUCAAAUUGACAAAAUUACUGCUAAUUUUUCUAUGUACUUGGCGAUUGAUGAACCUUUCAUUGAAUUUGUUUGAUUUGAUUGAAGAUUGGAUGAUUAAACAAUUGGUGAUAUUUAAAGCUAUUUCUGUCACGCAAUUGAUUGAUAUCUUCACUUCCGUGGUUGAAUUUGAAGGGAAGAAGAGGUAAAUUAUGGAAGAAACUGAGAAAAGACUUUGAUCCUCGUUCCAUAUUGUGGCUUGUUCUUCAUGAAAAGCAUUGACUUUGUGUUGAACAAAUCUGCUCUUUAGCAAUUUGGAAGCUCAAUAAAAUGAGAAAGAAACUGCAAUUACUGGUGUAAUCGAUGGAAAAGGAAGUGGUAAAGCUAAAGCAUCAUCAUUAAAAUCCCCAUAACAAUAAUACCAAUAAUAGUAGUAGUACCAAAACAAGCCUUGGAGAGAGGAACAUAAUUGGGGAAGGUUCUGAUUUCGUUUUGCGCUGGGGUAGUAUGAAACGUCCCCGGUGUAUGAAGAUCCAAGUUAAAAAUAACUCUACCCCGGUGGUUAGAUCCCAUAAUAAUACUACAGUUAGGAAUGUCAAUCGUACUACCAAUGGGUUUAAUCUCCGGCAACGAUCGGCCUCGCCAGCUCAACCGCCUUCACGGAUUCUUAGAAAUUCCGAAGGUGGAUCAGGAAUGAAAACGCAUCAUAAUAAUUAUCAGACUAAUGGAGUUCGAGGGAUGAAAGGGUUGGCAUCACCGGAGAGAGAGAAGAAAAGUUGUGGGGCCCAACAAUAUCAUCAUAAUGAUAAUCACGAGAAUAAUAUGAUCAUUAACGGUGGGGGUAAAACGACGUCGUCUGAAACAAAAGGUGGUGAGUCAUCAUCAGGCGGUGGAACUGACGUCGUUUGGCCUCCUAAAUUCAUGAUCUCUCUUACUAAUAAAGAAAAAGAGGAGGAUUUUAUGGCUAUUAAAGGGUCUAAACUUCCUCAAAGACCCAAAAAACGUGCCAAGUUCAUUCAACGAACCAUCAAUUUGGUGAGUCCUGGAGGAUGGUUGUGUGAUCUAACUUUGGAGCGAUAUGAAGUUAGAGAGAAAAAGAUAACUAAGAAGAGACCAAGAGGAUUAAAGGCCAUGGGAAAUUAUGUAGAGUCUGACUCAGAUUAGUAGUAGUGGAUAGAGAGUUCUUCUCAAGUUACUAACAUACAAGUAUGAUGCAAAAAUGAAUGGAAAGUUGUGUAUAUAUAUAUAUAUAUUAGCCUUUUUCAUCCUAUCAAAGCAAUGAUGAAGAAAAUAGGUUUUUUUUGUUUCCUAAUCAUGCUCCUUGUGUCCUUGUUUAACUAAUUUCAAAUUAUGAUCUUCGUGGCUUAAAGAUGUUAUUAAUAAACUUGACUUAUAACAAGUAACUAUAAGUCAUAUAAUAAAUUUAUGAAUCGUUUAAUCAAACUUGAUCGACUAAUUUAACAAGUAUUAUUCAAUGACCUUCAAUAACAGAAAAUUUGAAACAAAUAAGUAAUUUUAACAAAAAAAUAAAAAAAAAACUUCGGAUAAACAUAAUUUUAAAAAUAAGCGUCUUUAUGUUCGAGCCUAAGGUCAGGUAUGUUCGCAGUUACUAACAGUGAACAAAAAAAUUGGUUCAAAAAAGUCAAAGUUGUUUGUUCACAAUUAUUAACUGCGAACAAAGGGGAAACAAUGUCAUAACGUUAAAUGGGACAUAAAAAGGGAAGCAAUGUUUGUUCGCAGUUAGCAACUGCGAACAAAUCUUUUUUGUCCCAUCUAACGUUAUGACGUUGUCUCUCUUCUAUUCGUUUUUAAUAACUGUGAACAAACAAUUUUGACCAAAUUUUUUGUUCGCUGUUAGUAAUUACGAACAUACCUGACCUCAGGUUCGAACAUGAAUACGCUUAUUUUUGGAUUAAGUUUACCCGAACCUAACUUUUUAUUUCUUUUGUUAAAAAUACUUAUUUGUUUCAAAUUUUCCUCAAUAACUCAGCAA